CCUUACAGGGAAGUUAAUGAGGCACUAAAGAAGGCUCAGGAGACAGGGAGAACCUCUGUCAAGAAGAGGCUCCUAGACUGGUUCUGCCUCUGACUUGCUGGGGGUCCUUGAGAAAGCUGCUUCCCCUCUUUGGCCUCAGUUUCCUCAGCUGAGAAAUGGGGGGCCAGCCAAAUGGUCUAAGGUUCUAGGAACCUCUAAGUCAGAGCCUGUAGCUGGUGCUAAGGAUGAGGGAGAGGCCCUCAGGGUCAGCCGAAUGCCUGAGAGUCAGGACAGGCCCAAAGGCAGGGUGGCGGCUGCUCCCCAUGGCCAGGAGUCCAGCCCAGCACCCACGUGAGUCCGCCUCAGUCCUGCUCAGUUGGGUCAUCCGCGCUCUUGGCCGUCUGCUCCCACCCACAGAGGGAGGGCUUUGGGGCGACCAGGUGAGCUGGCCCUUGUGGGAGGAUGUAACUACUCCUGAGCCUGGAGAGCCAGGCAGCCCCUCGCCAGCGUCCCCACCCCCACCUCUCCAGCCCCCCUCAUUCCCUGAUCUUCCCAUCCACUCCCCUGACCCAGCAGUUUCCUCUGCUCACUCUUUUCCUGCUCCCAGGCUCACCUGGUCACGUGUCCUUCACUCUCCUCUGAGUCUCCCUCUUUCCAAGCCGCCUCCACUCUACUUGACACACUCUCCCUUAAGACAUCAGAGUACACAGGCUCAAGUCCCUGCACCUCACCUUUACUCCCAGACAUGGGAGGGAGAUGACAUGAAGACCCAAAUGCCACUUGGCAAGAGAUCUGGGGUAGGCAAAGGGGCAGAUCUGAGGCUGUGGAAGCUCCAGGGGCUCCCUGCAGGAGGCCGCAUGUAA